AUGGCGCGUCUUGUUGCGGUAUCGAGCCGACGCAUGCCCCUGCGGCCACGCGCACUUGUCGCGACGCGAAGCAGGGCAUUUUGUGUAUCUGCGCUGCGUUUGCACACGAGCGACCACGCCAAGGUACUGGGAGCGAACGAAUCGCUCGACAUUGUCAUUAUAGGCGGCGGCGUCGUGGGCCUCGCGAUGCUGGCAGGCCUGGCUAGCAACACAAAUCUGCCGCCUAUGAAAGUGGGUAUCGUGGAUGCCAUGGAUCUGAGCCGCUUCCGGACGUGGCAAGAUGCCAAGAAAGCGGCUGCAGUUUGUCCCACACCGACACACGACGGCGUUGCGUGGGAAAACAGGGUGAUCAGCAUCAACAUGGACAAUUUGGAAUGGAUGCAGCAGAUAGGUACACUCCCUUACUUUGAUGCAAGUAGGAUGCGCGCCGUGGAGAGGAUCCGCGUCUGGGACGGACUCACCGAUGCAGCCGCGGAAUUCAACGCGGAGAUCGGCGGAGAGGCCGCGUUGAGCACCAUGGUCGAGAUAUCCAACUUGCAGCAGGCACUUUUGCGCCAUAUUUUGGACCGUGCUGCGAAUCCAGGGAGCCCUUUAUCGGUCGAGAUGCUCGACAAAACGCGCGUCACAAACAUCCACGCUUCCGGCCGCGAUCAAUUUCCCGUGGUGUCAUUGGAAAAUGAGCAAGGGACACGACACAUUGCGACCAGGCUGCUUGUCGGUGCCGAUGGACACAACUCUCCCGUGCGCGCGUUCGCCGGGAUCGAGAGCUUUGGGUGGCCGUACCACUGCAAAGGACUCGUCGCUACCGUACGCACAGGCAGCGCAAACAGCGCCGACCCACUCGUCGACGCAAGCGCUUGGCAGCGCUUUUUGCCGACAGGCACGCUUGCGUUCCUGCCACUCUCGCCGUUCGCCGGCACGAUUGUCUGGGCAUUGCCGCCAGAGCUUGCCGAUGCGUUGGGCGCAAUGCACCGCGCCACGGCGGAGCAAAAUGCUUCGCCAUCGUUGCUGGCCACGCUUGUCUCUGCUGGUUUCCGGCUUCCAUGGUCGCGCUUGGAGCCCCUAUUGUACGGUGUUGUGCAGCGCAUCGAGCACGGCAUCCAGGACUGGUCCGCCUUCGAGUCGCACGUCUACGAACAGGUCGCCGCUGCCGAGCUCGACGCUGGCGCCGGUGCUCCGACCGCACACUUUGGCGCCAUUCCACCGUGGGCCAGCGCAGUGGAUGCAAAGAGUGUCGCUUCUUUUCCAUUGCAGCUAAAGCAUGCAGGAUGUUACUUGGGCGCGACGCUGAACCGUAAUCUGCACGCGACGCUGCCUUCUCCCUCGACUCUGCUCACCGGCGCAUUGACUGCAUUGGGCCUGACGCCUGGCGGUGCGAACCGCGGUUGUGGCCAAGGACGCACAGUGUUGGUGGGCGAUGCGGCGCAUACAACGCACCCAUUGUCGGGCCAAGGGCUCAACCUGGGCAUCCAAGACGUGCGUGUUUUGACAGAGACGAUCGGCGAUGCGUGCAUGCACGGCAUGGAUAUCGGAACGCACAGUGCACUGCACCCGUACGAAGUGAAGCGGUACCUGCCGAACCAGGCGAUGCUGAGCUUUACCGACCACCUGCACUGGCUCUUUGCGACGCGGCCAGCGUCCGAGUGGACGCCGUAUGCGCCUGGUAUCCAGACACAGCUGCGCGAGGCUGCGUUGAAAGCACUGGUCUGGGCGCGUUCUACAGGGCUGGAAAUGGUGAAUGAGCUGAACCCCUUGAAGCGCUUCUUUGCGCAGGGCGCAGGCUCCAAGAUACGGUAG